AGUCUAAAAUAGUGAGCUAAUGCACCUGGUUUUUUUUAAAUAGUAAACAAAUGCUGCCAUUUUCAGUCUUCUGCAUACUUAAUGGUAACAGUUUCAGGUAUUAUUCUAGAGUAAAAUAAUAAACCGGAAGUCAGGAUGCUCGGGAAGCCAUUAUCUGCUCCAGUGAAGUGCUCUGUGAGAGAAGUGGACUGGUGAAGAUGUCUGAAGUGCUGUUGGUUGGAGAAGGGAACUUCUCCUUCUCGGUGGCUGUGUGUGAGUCGGGUGAUGUCGAGAGCAUCACCGCCUCCUGCUUACAACCCGAGCAGCAAGCCCUGGCUCAGGAGCACGCAGCCCACAAUAUCCAGCGGCUCCGGGACCGAGGUUGUAGGGUGCUUUUUGAGGUGGACUGCACGCGCCUAAAUGAGCACGAUGCCAUCCGGUGCCGUGUUUACGACCGCAUCAUUUUCAAUUUUCCUCACUGUGGCCGGAAAAGCGGCGUCAAAAAGAAUCGCACUCUCUUGGCCAAAUUCUUUUUAAGCUGCGCUAAAGUGCUCAAGGCCGACGGUGAAGUGCAUGUGGCUUUAUGCAACGGCCAAGGAGGCACUCCAUGUGACAACCCGAUGAGAGAAUGGCACAACAGUUGGCAGGCGGUCGCCAUGGCAGCCGAGGCCGGCCUCAUUCUCAGCGAGAUCCGUCCUUUUGAUCGCGACAGAUAUCAAGGUUACAAAUGCACAGGUUACAGGAGUCAGGAUAAAGGUUUUCAUGUGGAAGGUGGGCUGAACCACAUUUUUACUCAGAGCUUGCCGUUCACAAUGCCCAAGAAACUGAAAAUGGACGCUGCAAUUGGGAAGGAGACGGUUAGCUUUGAGCUUCCUGAGGAGUUGAGCGAAUACGUGAACAGGGAUUUCCUCAGUCGACAGUCGCGCCAUCCUGUGAAACUCAUCCUGGAGCAGUUGCUCAGAGAGGUCAAAUCUUCAUGGCCUGUAUGUUCAGUGAGCAGCAACUUUCCCGAGUUGCUCAGCUGCUCCCAAGACAAACUCCAGGCCUGCAGAUCAAACCUGAGCUCCUCUGAAAUCUACUGGAUCAAGCCAAUUGAUAAGGACUGUGAGCCAGCGGAGGAGCAGCAGUUCUCCAGCAGUAGCUAUAUGCUGCGGCCGUCUUUGUUAAUGCAUGCAGAGGAAAUUAUGCAGCGUGAGGAUUUUAGCCCCGGAACCAUCUAUGCGCUUAGUGGGUUGGUUUUCCAAAGAGUUCCCAUCUCUCCAAACCGCUCCCCUGUUUACCAUCAGCUUCUCCUCAUCGCAGUUUUACCUUCUGAACCCCAACCUGUCCAGAGUCUCCAAAACAACCUGGAGGCUCUUCUUUCUCAUCAUGAAGUCUCAUUUGAGAAGGAGGAGCUAGGUGAGGAGCACAGAGUGUGCUUCAGUUCUCGGGAACUCAGCAAUUUUGGGCAAAUAACUUGUGUCCCUCUUCCUCGAUCUAAACCCCCACACUACAAAAGUUCUGUUUUGACCUUGCUGCUAAAUUUGGACCACCUUGUAACCCUGACCUUCUCGAUCCCUGACUGGCGCCUGCUGUGGACCUUGGACCCACGUUUCCUGGCGAGUUUUGAACCUGGUAUCCAGGUGCCUGCGGCGUUUCAGCCAUUCUCGCUCUACCCCCCACGUUAUACCCAUGACGUGAGUUUCUGGAUGGAACCAGACACAUUUGACGAACUUGACUUUCACGAGGCAGUCCGCGUAGCCACGUGUGGAGCUGUAAAGGACAUACAGCUAGUAGACAGGUUCCGUCACCCCCACAUGGGACACGCUAGUCUGUGCUACCGGUUGUCAUACCAGUCGCCGGAUCGCGCCCUGUCCCGCACCCGAGUGCUGGACCUGCAAAACCAGCUGCGCACACUGCUGCCUCUACGCUUGAACAUCACCCUGCGGUAAAUCCAGGAAUUCUUGCGAAAGCAAGAACAAUACACAAGUACCUCGGCCUCAAGUAAACACCAGAUGAGCCAUACCAAUAAUGGUUACACCCUAGAUUUUAUUUUAGACUUGGUCCAAAAUAUCCAAAUAUCAAAUCAACCCUUUUUACACAAGACACAAAUAGCCUUUUGCUAUAAAGUAUAUUACAUAUACUUUAUACCGUAUAUUACAUUUUACCGGUCAUAGUUUCAUUAUAGAGAUCAUUUUUCCUUCUCAAGGCUAUACGAACCAACAGAACAUUACAUCCUGUAGAAUUGUCCACCUAUUACUCCAUUUU